GGAUAAGACAAUCCACCCUCGCUAUCUACUCUGCAGCUUGUACACAGAGAGAAAGAGAGAGAGCUGAGAGCUCGCCAUGAGCUUCGUAUUAAGCUCUCGAGUCCUUCACGUUCACGCUCGCUCCCUCCCCUCUCUCUCCCCAUCUCGACCCAGAAAGACUCCCUCCAUCGCUUGCCUUCUUCACAAGCCUUCUCUGAGUAAAAAUGCUGCUUCAAACCAGACACUGGCGAGGAUCGUCCGGGAUUGCUCGGACAAAAUUGGCCUGCAAAUACCUGCCUUAGCAAUCCAAGUCGGAGCAUUUCUGGCCACUACUAUUGAGCAGCCUGCCAUGGCGGUGACUGGAGUGAACGACGAGGAAGAUUUCACUUGGAUUCUGAUACAGCUCGGGAUUGUGGCCUUUUGGUACUUCCUCAUCAUGCCGCCGAUCAUUAUGAACUGGCUGAGGAUAAGGUGGUACAGGAGGAAUCUGUUGGAGAUGUAUUUCCAGUUCAUGUUCGUCUUCUUGUUCUUCCCCGGGGUGUUGCUAUGGGCACCAUUCUUGAACUUCAGGAAGUUCCCGCGAGAUCCAUCACUGAAGUAUCCAUGGUCAACUCCUGAAGAUCCUUCCCUAGUCAAGAAUUCGUAUCUCAAGUACCCUUUUGCUCAGCCUGAAGAUUACGAAUGAGAGCAUUACGUAUCCAGUACAGCUUCACCGUACCUCUCAUCUUCUUUGCGGGUUACUGCUACUGUUGUAAUUCGCUAAUGGUUCUUGAUAUUCAUCGUCUCGUAUAGUCUUGUAAAGAAUCAAUGGGCAAAAUGUACCUUUGCAAAAGUGCUCAUCGAGUGUCGUACGCUGAGAGUACCACAGAGGCGACGCAGUUCUUAUUAA